CCUGUGAUGACAUUCUCAAGACUGCUAAGUGAAGCCUCUGACCUGGAGCAAAUUGAUUGUGCUCCCAGGAUCUGAUGGUUCUUGAGCUAAGGGGAUCGUGCCUAAAAAUGUUGACUUCCCUGAUCCUGAUGUUGUGGAUGAUGCUUUUACUCCACCAAAGAGGUGUGUUUGGUGAUGAAGUGAAGGUUGUGCCUGUGAUGGAGGGACAUUCAGUCACUUUAACUGCUGAUGGUACUGAAAGACAGGGAUAUGAUGAGUUAGAGUGGGUACUUGCAGGUGCACUCAUAGCUAAAAUCAAUAUGAAAAAUAAACAGAUCUCAUUUAAUGAAACUCUUAACAAGAGAUUCAGAGACAGACUGCAGCUGAACAAUCAGACUGGAUCUCUGACAAUCAUAAACACCACAAUCACAGACUCUGGACCUUAUCGUUUAGAGAUGAAAGGAACUAAUUUGAAGUCCAAGAUCUUUAAUGUUACUGUCUAUGCUCCUGUGCCCACUCCUGUCAUCAUCAGUUACUGUCCUUCAUCAUCAUCAUCAUCAAAGCAGAACUGUUCAUUCCUGUGUUCAGUGAUGGAUGUGACCAGAGUGACUCUCUCCUGGUACAAAGAAAACAGUUUAUUGUCCAGCAUCAGUGUGUCUGAUCUCAGCAUCAGUGUCUCUUUACAUCUGGGUGUGGAAUAUCAGGAUAAAAACACCUACAGCUGUGUGAUGAAUAAUCCCAUCAGCAACCAAAGUCAACAUCUGAAAAUCAGUGAACUCUGUCACACAUGUGAAGCACAGCAAAGUGAACUUUGCAAAACAUCGCAGAAUGAAUUUAGUAACAUCCUGAUAUUUGCUGGUGCUGCUGUAACCUUUCUGGUCAUGGUUACUAUUGUGAUAACCUGUAUUUACAGGAAUCUUAAAAAAGCAGGACAACAAGUUGAAACAGUCCACACCUGUGAAGAAGAGAUAAUGCACGCUGAUCCAACAUUCUGCAAGCAAAAAGCGAGAGUGCAAAAAGAAGAUGUUGUGUAUGUUGUGUAUGCAGGUGUUGCUGUGAGUCGUUAAUCUAAUUCUCGGUCAUUGCUUCCUCGACUUUCUGAUCGCACUCUUUAGAUCGCAUCUUUUAAACAGUAUUAUAGUAUUCUAUUUUGUGCCUUUUUUCAAGUUAUUUAGUUAUUAGUUAUUGAGUCUGUUCUGGGUCUAAUGCUAAUGUUUGAUUCAUUUUGAUUAAUUUAG